AAGCCAACCCCACCUUCGCAAGCUGCUCUCUAUAGAUUUAGAUGAACACAGACAGCUUUUGAAGGUUGGCUGGGUUACUCUCGUCGUGUUAGUUCAACUUCACAACUUCCUAAUUGGCACCUUGGUUUUGGUCCUUGCUGAGAUCAGUAUUUUUUUUUUUUUCCCCUCAACCUGUUCUUCUCAAGCUCCUCUAAAUGUGUUGAGUGUGCAUUUUUAACAAGGCUGUUUGCUCUCUCUUUCUUUCUUUUCUUCUCACCCUCUCUUUCCCUCUCGCUCUGUCUCUGUCCGUCUCUCUCACCAUCCCCUCCUUCCCUUUCUCUGGGUGACCACACUCAGCGUUUUCUAUUUCCUGUGGGUGUGAUGUCUCUCCUCCACAAGCAAUCAGCUCUGAUUUGUCAGCGUUCUUCCAGGCGAUUCAUAAAAAUUCAGCAAGCACCUACAAAAGACGUCUGUGUCCCCGCGCUUGCUCCCUACCUCCGCUGCCUCUGUGCUCCAAGCCACAGUUUUCUCCCUGGGCACACACAAAAGACUUGAAAUAAUAACAAGUAAUACAUGUGUGCAAGGAAAACUGUCCUCAAUUACGACUGUUAAGAGAGUGAACUUGUCAAAUCUGUGUAGGAAGUCUAAAAUUUACCUGUCACAUUUUUGUGAAAUUAUAGGUGUGUUUUUCUAUUCCUCGCCUCUUUGUGUGUCUGUGUGACCAUGCCUCUUUGUCUCUGUGAGGUAUGACAUGCCUGGUAGUGGAAGGGAGCAGCUGUGCAUUGGACCUUGUCUGUGUUGUGCUGCCAUGCCCUGUCAUUGGUAGCCGUCUGUUGGCAGCAGCCUGUGCUGGAGGGUUGCAGCCUGAGCGCAAUCCUUCCACAGUGUCAUAUGGUGAGCUUUCACUGUGCCAAGCCAUGCCUACUAUGUUACCCUACACACAGCUGUGUGACAGAAUACACCCCCUCAACCUGGAUAAUGUGCCAUCUCUCCCUGCAUUUUCAAGAUUCCAACUGGUUUAUGAACAAUGUUGGGUCUAGGCUGCUGAGGGGAAAAUGAUAGGCUUACAUGAAAUUUGGAAGAAGCAGCCCUUUUUUUUCUACUCUGAUCCCAGUAGCUAUUAGUAGAGUACUUUCCUGUCUAUUUGUCCAUUAUCUGUGCUUCAUCAGGCAGACCAUUAUCCCAUUAUGUUUUGCAUCUGUGGUCCAAAUGCUUACUGGAAAUGAGUCACCACAAAGGCCAGUGAAAGACCAACCAGCAGUACAGGUGGACGCGGCUCUCGUGGCAUGACUACCACAAACAAGGGAAACAAGGCCUUGAAGGUGAAGCGGGAGCCAGGGGAAAAUGGCACCAGCCUGACAGAUGAUGAGCUGGUGACCAUGUCAGUGCGGGAGCUGAACCAGCAUCUACGGGGCCUGACGAAGGAGGAAAUCCUGCAGCUGAAGCAGCGGCGGCGUACCCUGAAGAACCGGGGCUAUGCUGCCAGCUGCCGGGUGAAGCGUGUCACCCAGAAAGAGGAGCUGGAGAAGCAAAAGGCUCAGCUGCAGCAGGAAGUGGACAAGCUGGCCACAGAGAAUGCCAGCAUGAAGGUGGAGCUGGACGCUCUGCGUUCAAAGUAUGAGGCCCUCCAGAGCUUUGCCAGGACUGUGGCCCGCAACCCCGUCACCUCAGCCAGGGGACCUAUGGCCUCCGUCAUAGGGCCCCUUAUCCCUGGUAAAGUAGCUGCCACCAGCGUCAUCACCAUCGUCAAAUCCAAAACGGAGGCUAGGUCGUAGUAGCAGAAAGGAUGGGAUGAAGAUUUUCAAGACUAAACUAGUCAGUGCAUUGUAACAUGGCGCAGGAUUAGCUGUGUAUAUUCUCAGUCACACCCCAUGGCACUAACACUAACAAUAUGCUUCCCCCAAUUCACUCUUGAAGUACGACUCAGCAGUCUGUACCUGUCAAAAGACAUGUUGCGCUUCAUGGGCGGCACAGGUAAUCAAGUUGUGUGAUUUAGGAGUUCACAGUUUGUUAUCAAAGAAUGGUGACACAUUGGCAAUACUGAAACAUUUCAUUCGAAAAGCCAGCUGUGGUAACAUUCAAGAUGGCAAUAUUGGGUGGCAAAAAUACAAUAGAAUAAACGUUUUUCUAAUCAUUGAAACUAAUGGUUAAUGACAUCAAGUCAGACUGUUAAUAGGUUGUUGGUUUCUGAUAAGGUACUGUAUGUGAUGCGUCUGUUCUCUUUAAGACUAAGCUCUUAAAUAUUUUCCGUCCUAAGAAUUGGUAUGUUUGAAGUCUCACAACUGAUCACAACCAGUAAACUAAUAGAUAAUAAACACCACUCCUUGCCUAUUCAACAAUAUAACAAAAGAAAGAGCCAGCACAUAUCUCACAUUGAACCCCUUUGCUUGUUAUUAUGCACUGACUGAAAUGAGGGUAAAUAACACAUGGUCACAAACUCUUGGCAUGGAUGCGACAGAUGUCUUUAAAACAGCCUGACUAACCCAAAACUAGUAAAUUUGUCCAAUUUGUGAUGUUGUUGGUCGUCUGUCAGGAAUAUAAGCAUGAAAUAAUGCUCCCAAAUCUAGCAUUUAUUUCUGUUUAUGCAUCUGUGACAGGCUUUAAUGAACUUGUCAUUAUCAAUAUGACUGGUAGAUGCAAUAAUAUAUGUAUGCACUGAAAAUACAAAGAGGUCUUGCAUAUUUAUGGUAAGUGGAAACGUUAAAAAUGAUCAGCUGUUCUUAAUGAUAUUGUUCCAGAGCUGAGUGCCAUUCCAAUAUGACAAGAUUCUUCUACAAUAUCUGAAAACCUGAAUGUUAUUACAGUAAUAUCCUCGUGUUUUGAGGGGACAGUGUAAUCCACAAACAUUUUGAAACAUAAUUUUUGCUCAUAGAGAAAAUAUGUUGAAGUUGUUUUGUUUAAAAGAUAUAUAUUGCAUUUUUUGUAAUUACUUGUUGACAGGGCCGUCAGAUAUUUCCAAAAGAAAAUCUUUACACAAGCUUUACUGUUUGAAUUGUUAAGGUGUAGAAAACUUUGUCUAAUGUUGAGUUCUUGGUUUUUAUUACUAGGUAGAUUACCUUCCAUUGUUUAUAGAAAUACAGAAAAAGAAAACAGGAAAAAAAAAAAAUCCCGUGACAUCUUUUUUGCAAUUGUACCGAAAGUGGCUUACUAUUGAAGUCUGAUAGCUUUUUCUAGUGACUAGGCGCGUACUGUGGGGUAGCGCGUGAUGUGAUGUGUAAGUGACAAGUUGGCAGUGUCGUUCACUGUAUAGAUGUCAAUGCUGUGCUAUUUAAAACAAAUCUGUAGAGCUAAACUAGGUGGUGUAAACAAGGUCAAUUGUCUUUGUGCGUAUUGGCAUCUGUGAUAUCCUCCGCUUCCUUGGUGUUAGUUACAAAUCAUAUUGUCAUUAAGAGUUUACCACAUUGAGCCAUGUAAGACAGAAUUGGGUGAAAUGGCGUUUGGGUAUUCAAAAAGCUGCGUUUUACUGAACACGAAUUUAAAAGACUUUUACUUUUUCUUUGAAGCUCAAAGUGAUACUGUCAUUGCAGAACCUGAAUAAUGGUUGCACCUGGUGCUGGAUGCCCUCUAAAUACAUCCUCUGUAACCUGAAAGUAAAUGACUUCAUUAUUGGGAAGAUUUCAUUAUCAUAUUCAUUCCAGACACUUAAUUGGUCUGAAUUAGAUCACAGGAAUAGAAAUGAAUAACCCUUCAAAUGUCGCUUUUGACAGACUAAAUGAAACAUGAGGUUAACUGAACAUUUUUAACAGUUUAGAUUUUUGUGGGUUUUUUUUUUUUUUUUUUUUUCAAAAUAUCUUACAGUUUCCCAAGACUGUAAGAUUGCAUCAAUGAACUUAAAGGGUAACCGCCAAAUGGUGCAGCAUCAUGUGAAUUUUACCCGCUGUCUUCAGAUGGUCAGAUUAAAAGCGGUAGGGUCUGGCUGAGGGUUUGUAUGCACUAAGCUCCAGCUUGUUUUGCUCAGGACAAAACAGGUCACUCUAAAAAUGAACAAACCAUUCUAGAUGAGAGGCAGGGAUGGCAGCUCUCUUCAUUUUAUUGUUUUCUUUUUUAUAAUAAGCAUGUCAUAAAAGGGCUUCAAUCCACACUCGGAAAGAGAUACAGCACGACCACGUAGAAUUACAAUCAACAACGGCUGCCAGCAGCGCUUCCUCUGUGCCAAGUGUCGCAUCACUCUUCUAGUCCUCUAAAAGGAAUUUAACAGUGAAGCAGUUUUACACCUCAAGGUGAAAGUAGUUGUGUGAUGACAUUAACAGAAUGCACUUCAUCCAGAUCUCCUGCUGGUCAGAAUGUCUUAUAGUGUCGGCAAGGUGUUAAUCGACAGUCACUCUUAAAACUACGCCUCAGCAAAACUCCAUGCCAGGGACCUGGGUGCUGGUUAUUACUGUCUGUGCGCAAGUAUCCUAUCCUCACUUUGUCAACAUGCUUAGCUAUCUACAUUGACUGCUUAACUGUGGGAAAAUAUAUAUCUGACUCUUGACAUAGCCCAGUAUUGAUGUUGGCGUCCUUAUUGCUGUGGCAGUCUUGUGGAGUGAAUCUUUUUUCGUGUCAAGUGUCUUUAAGGUGUUCGAGUGGCACCGUCGACCAAUCUCUCAAUCUCCGCUAGAGAUGAUGACUCUCUCUUUCUCACACAUACAGGUGUAUAGUAUGUAGCUACAGUAGGUAUUAAUGACCAUUGUGAAAAAGUGACCCUUAAUAUGCAACUCAGUGGAAAGGUGUGAAAGAGUAGAUGUAAGAGUAAUCAAUAUUGUCAAAGUGACUAUGGUCUGUUAUUUAAUAAUAAUUGUUGUUUUUGUAGUUUUUUUUUUUUUUUUUUUUUUGUAAAACAUGUUUUCUUUUGCCCACAGAUUUUGCAUCCCUAAAUGGAAGAGCAACUGGCCCUUGUUUAUAGUAGCUGACAUGUAAACUAUAAUAGUGUACAAUGUUGGAAAGAAGUCAUGAGACAGUUGCACUCAAGCCUUACUCACUAAUUAUUUUGGUCUUAAAUUAGCUGAAUUACCAGAUCUAUAAAAGGGAUUUUGAUAUCUGACUGAAAGCUAUUACUAUUAAAUAAAUGUUAGAGUUUGUGCACUGAGUGAUGCUACAAUAGCUUCUGUCACAAGGGCCACUUGCAAUAUCUUUUUUUUUUUUUUUUCUUUUUGUCGGUAUGCCUGUGUUCGUGUGAGUGUUUGUACGAUUGAGGUUCCUCUGCUGCUACACCAGUCAUUAAUGCUCGUUGUUUGCUGUAGCAUCAUCCACAGCAUUUCUGCUCUCAUUAUGUGUUGAGUGUGUUUGAAAUUGAUCUUACACUGUAAUUUGUUCUGCAGAUUUAAUUUUUAAUUAGUUAUAGCUUUUUUUUUUUCUUGUUUGUUGUUUUUGUUGUUGUUUUUACAGGCAACAUGUUAGAGAGAAUAAAUAACAGCACUUGUGUGGCAGUUGAAUUUAAUAGCUCUCAAGACAUUGGCUUUUUUCAUGAAAUUAUGCUUUGUAAACAGUUGACUGUGCAGUUUUUUUCCCUCUUACUCCAUGGAGUGGGUCUGUGUUUCAAAGGUAUAAAAAUCUGACUAAAGCGAGUAAUACAAAGUUAAUAAUCUGUUUUUGUUAUUUUUCUGUAUGGGUUGUAAUAAAAUAUUGCAGUACUUUGUAUGAAAACAGACAAUAGUUAAUUAUAACUAUUUAUAAAUUAAAUUAUUGUACUUUUUGCAAUCUGUAGAUAAGUACUAUGUAUUCAUAUAUACAGUAACAACUGUGGAUUUAAACGUGAUUCUCUGAGGUGUCUAAGUUAUUGAUGUAUAUAUUGUAUGUUUGUUGAUACAGCUUACUUUAUUUUCUAUAAGACCAAUAAAAUGUUUUGAAAAAGGCU